AACUUUGGGCGCGACAGACGUACGCCUCUUAUCUCGUUGUUCAAGUGCCUUUUACGAACAUGAUAAUACGGCGGUAAAGGAACUCACUCUUUCCCACAUCCGCCACGAUGUCGGCCUCAUCUUCCACCCAGGCGCUGGAAUACCUCGAAGGCCUGCCUUUGGCGACACAUAAGAAGCUGUAUGAGCAACCCUCAACGGUGCUGGCGGUUUUCCGCUGCAUGCUUCCGCAUCUUGCCAAAUCCAUUGUUAUGGCGAUGCUCUACAUGCCCUCGCCCUUCCCCGCCGCCGACCUCGACGCUUGGUUUAAGCCCUCUGCGCGCAAAGAGAAGGAACGUGCAACCUUCACGCUCGACCGUCUACACAUCAUCACCUCGUCGCGACAAGACAACGGCACAUUAUCAUGGACCCUCAGCCCAGGCUUCCAGCGCAGCUUGCGAAAUGCAAUUGAAGGAUCCGGUACUCAUCGCUCCUUUGGUGUACCAGCAACCAAGGAAGAGAGCGGAAAGCGAGUGAGCGUGGAAUUCUUGGAUGAAUACUCGAGGGCACAAUGGGAGGGCAUCUUGUACUACCUUGUGAGCGGUGCAGCGGGACUUGGAAAGGACAAUAUCUCGCGAGCGGAGGUUAGCCCGAGCACCAAGACGCUGCUGAAUACGGGCGACCUUGUGCGGACGAUACAUGGGAGUCCGAGGAUCACCAAGGAUGGCUUUUCUUUUGUGCUGCAAGAGACAAAUGCGCAGGUUUGGAGUCUGCUUAUCAUUUAUCUCAAGGUGACCAAUGAACUCGGCAUGUCCGAAACUGAAGUCCUGGCCUUUCUCUUCAUGCUUGGUUCCCUUGAACUAGGCCAAGACUACUCAACCUCCACCCUCUCUCCCACACAAUUACGGAUGCUAGACGACCUCUCUUCAAUGGGUCUCAUCUACCGUUCUGACAAGAACGCGCGAACCUUUUACCCAACCCGUCUUGCUACGACCCUGACCUCGGAUUCUGGCAGCGCCAUGUCCGCAUCCUCAAACGACAUUGCACAAGCCGGCCAAGGCAAUGCCGGACCGUCUGCAACAGCAAACAAGGGUUUCAUCAUCAUCGAAACAAACUACAGACUCUACGCCUACACGAACAGCCUCAUCCAAAUCGCCAUCCUCAGUCUCUUCACCAAACUUCAACAUCGUUUCCCUAACCUCGUCUCCGGCAAACUAACAAAAGAAUCCGUCCACAAAGCGGUCCAAUCUGGCAUCACAUCCGCCCAAAUCAUCUCCUACCUCACCACCUACGCCCAUCCACAGAUGCAAAAAACCGUACCGUACAUCCCGCCUACCGUCAUGGACCAAAUACGCCUCUGGGAAUAUGAGGGCGAGCGUGUGGAAACCACGCCGGGCUACUUGAUGCGCGAGUUCAGUUCCGAUGCAGAGUAUAGGGACGUUAUGGGCUAUGCGAGUGCGCUGGGCGUGCUGGUGUGGCAGAAUGAUGGGGCCAGGUGCUUUUUUGUGAGCCAGGUGGAGCAGAUUAGUGCGUAUCUUAAGAAGAAGAAGGAGAAUAGGGAGAGUGCUAGGGGCCGGUGA